AUGUCUCUUGUCCGGCAGUACCAUGAAACAAGAGGAGUAUCGAAGUCAGCUAUUGGAUUGCUCAUGGUAUCCUGGCGGGGGGGAACUAAGAAACAGUACUCCGGGUACAUCAAGAAAUGGACAGCAUUUUGUCUCCAGAGGAAAGUCGAUCAUCUUCAACCACCUGUAGGAACAGUCUUGGAUUUCCUUUCUGAACUUUUUGACCAAGGACUUACUUACAGUGCUAUCAACUGUGCUAGAAGUGCAUUGUCUUCUUAUGUGUCAUUGGAUGAUGGCUCUGAAGUUGGACAGAACCCGCUAGUUUGUCGCCUGUUGAAAGGUGUUUUCCAGUCACGACCACCCAAGCCCAAAUAUACAGAAACUUGGGAUGUCCAAGUGGUCUUAACGUACCUGGCUACACUUCAUCCUGUUGAA